AUGAGUCUGGAAGUUCGAAAAGCACCUUUUGGGCGUCGUUUGUUGCCCACGGUAAUCGAUGACCGGGCAAGAACCAAUCCGAAUGAGGCAAUGUUCGUCCUCAUUGAUGAUAGCAACGGUACGAUCAGCCUGAAAAGAAUUUCGACUUCACAAUUCAGCAAUGCUAUCAACCAUGUCACCUGGUGGCUAAAAGAACAACUCCACGAUCCCGAGCCAGGGACAGUUUUCGGGUACAUCGGGCCCUAUGAUCUUCGAUACUUCAUUCUUAUGGUUGCUUCGGUGAAAUUGGGCUGUAAGGUCUUGCUCUCGUCUCCACGAAAUAGUAUAGCCGGGCAUACGGCCCUUAUCAAGCAAUCCGACUGUCGUGUGUGGCUCACGGGAGGCGCCAAUAUCGACGUCACUCAAAUCCUGAUCGAGAACCCAAUGCCUCACUACAUUCUCCCCGGCCUGAUGAAUAUCCUACAGCAACCCUCUGCGACUCCAUAUCCGUACGAAAGACAGUUUGAGGACGCUAGGUGGGAUACCUUGGCCCUGAUACAUACGUCUGGCUCUACAGGUGUGCCAAAGCUCGUCCCGCUGUACCUUGGCACAGCUGCUUGCGUCGAUGCCUUUCACAUCAUGAACCCAGUUGAUGGUAAAAGGCCGACGGGUACGGCGGGCAUCUGCCUCGGACUUGACAGUGCUGUCUAUUUUAACUGGACCGUCGUCUUGCCGCCGCCGGGAAUUUGGUCCGCCGACACACUGGAGAGGAUUCUCGACCAAGUGCCAACAGUAGAAGCCGCAUUCGUGGCGCCAAGCAUACUGCAGGAAAUCUCACAAUCUCCUCGGCUGCUCACUAAGCUGGAGAAGCUAGAAUUUGUUACAACGGCAGGCGGCCCGACACCACAAUAUGCGGGUAGUAUCGUUUCUAAGCAUGUGCACCUUCACCAGACCAUGGGCAGUACUGAGGGUCAAUGGCUCUCGACGAUCCCCUGUCGCAGAGAGGACUGGGAGUAUAUCCAUAUAGCAGACGAGACUGGCUAUGAGAUGGUGCACGAUUCAGAGGAGCUCUAUGAGCUUACUUUUCGGAGGAGGCAGGAGUACGAGCUAACACAGUCAUUCUUUGUCACGUUCCCAGAGAUCGACAUUUGGCACACCAAAGACUUGUACUCGAAGCAUCCUACCCUCCCACAACGUUGGAAGUUUGAAGGAAGAAAGGAUGAUCUCAUUGUUUUGUCGAAUGGAGAAAAGUUUAAUCCGAAUCGAACAGAGGAACAGCUCUCAGGCCAUCCCUUGGUUCAGGCAGCUUGUGUGGUGGGAUCAGGUCGCUUCCAGCCCGCCGUGCUCUUAGAACUAGCGCCGAAUGUCCAGGCAACUCCGGAAGAGGUGCUCCGUGAGGUUUGGUCCGAAGUUCAGACCUGUAAUGAGAAGCUUCCCUCCUUCGCUAAGAUCCAUCGUUCGCACGUCAAGGUGGUUAGCGAGCCCUUUUCACGGCUGGCUAAGGGCACGGUUUCGCGCUACGCCACAUGGGAGAAGUUCCGCUCAACGAUUGAACAACUAUAUUCGGCACGGCAGGCGAUAUCAUCAUCAUCAAAUAUUUCUACUUUCGAAGCCUUGUUGGAGCAGGUUCUCGGUAUUGCGCAGGAAAUAUCUUCGUCCCAGGGCCUCUUUGAUACGAAUGCAAAUCUCUUCGAGGCAGGCUUCGAUUCUCUCUCAGCACAAGAACUACGUUAUGCUAUUCACGAUAUCAUGGGCUUUGAUCUAGAGUCUGGAGAUGUCUUCCAGCGACCUUCAGUCUUUCAGCUGUGUGAGCUGAUUUGGUCACGCCGGCACUCACAAGAACAACCUCUGAUCAAUCCUCGCGAUAGAGUUAGGGGCAAGAUACAGGACUUUUUCUUGAAGUCAUUCCCCUCGAAGAAGGAUCGGCCCAUGUCUGUCAUAAUUACUGGAACAACUGGCUAUCUCGGGAGCUACAUCCUAGACUUCCUCUAUCGCAACCCUGCAGUUGAUGAGAUAUGGUGCCUGAACCGGGAUCGUCUUGCUGCAUCGAAACAGCCCGAGCUGGCCCGCCAUAGGGGAUUAGUCGAAAGCUGGGAGGCAAAGACUGUCAAGUUCCUUACCGUCAAUCUCCAACAACAAAACUGGGGCUUAUCAGAGGAGGAAUUCGCAACCCUGGCCGCUCGAGCGAGAGUUCUGAUACACAAUGCGUGGCAAGUCAACUUUAACUUGCCUCUUGAGUCUUUCGAUGACCAUCUUGUUGGCGUGAAACACUUGAUCCGCUUCGGUGAACAAGCGAAGAACGCACUCCACGUCGUAUUCAUAUCGUCUGUUUCCGUGGCUAUGAACUGGAACAGGGUCGCCAUCGGGCCAGUAGCGGAAUUGCCUAUAACCAACUUGGACGCGCCUGGCAACGGUUAUGGAGAAUCCAAGCUUGUAGCGGAGCACCUCAUCUAUGAAGCAUCUCGGCGAGGAGCCUUCUCCGCAUCCGUUUGCAGGACAGGUCAGGCCGGGGGGCCAGUAGACAACGGCACAGUUCAAGGAGAAUGGAACAGACACGAGUGGCUGCCUACGUUGAUCGAGACGUCGCUUCAUAUGAGAGCUCUCCCAUCUGAAUUGGGGCUCUGCGAAAUCACAGAUUGGAUCCCCAUCGACAGACUCGCCAGUAUGCUCACAGACAUCGCUCUCCUCCCCCCCUUAUCGGCCAAUGCGUGUCGUUUCUAUCACCUCGUCAAUCCAACCAAGACCAGUUGGGGCGCUAUUGCGCCGACGAUUCAGGAACGUCUCACGCGUACCUGCUCCGCAGAGAUUCGGAUUUGCCCUUUGUCGGAAUGGGUGCAGCUACUUGAAAAGACAGCCUCGCUCGCGCGGACAGUGGCAGACGGCCCAGUCGUCCACUCAGGUCGGAACCUCAGAGGCUUAAAAUUGAUCGACUUUUAUCGGGGCUUAGUAGCUGAGGCAGAGUCAACACAGCCAAUAUGGUUGAUGGAGGGAGCACUGUCGGCUAGUCCAAACCUGCGCCAGCUGCCAGCGGUCGGAGAGAACUGGAUGACUCUUUGGAUGAAGCAAUGGGGAUAUUAG